AUGGCGCUGGACAAACCAACGGUCAGUGGGACAAUGUACAACACAGGGAGACACGUGUCCCUCAGGUUAGACAAGGAGCACCUGGUGAACAUCUCGGGGGGCCCAAUGACCUACAGUCACCGCCUGGAGGAAAUCCGGUUACACUUCGGCAGCGAGGACAGCCAGGGGUCAGAGCACCUCCUCAAUGGCCAGGCCUUUUCUGGAGAGGUCCAACUGAUCCACUAUAACCAUGAGCUGUACACAAAUGUCACAGAAGCUGCAAAGAGUCCUAAUGGGUUGGUGGUAGUUUCCAUAUUUAUGAAAGUAUCUGAAUCAUCAAAUCCAUUUCUAAAUCGUAUGCUUAACAGAGACACCAUAACAAGAAUAACAUAUAAGAAUGAUGCAUACUUACUACAGGGGCUUAAUAUUGAGGAACUUUAUCCAGAGACAUCUAGUUUCAUUACGUAUGAUGGGUCAAUGACAAUUCCACCCUGCUAUGAAACAGCAAGCUGGAUAAUAAUGAACAAACCUGUCUACAUAACAAGGAUGCAGAUGCAUUCUUUGCGACUGCUAAGCCAGAAUCAGCCAUCACAGAUAUUUCUGAGCAUGAGUGACAAUUUCAGACCAGUCCAGCCUCUCAACAAUCGAUGUAUCCGAACCAAUAUCAACUUUAGUUUACAGGGAAAAGAUUGUCCAAACAAUAGAGCACAGAAACUACAGUAUAGAGUAAAUGAAUGGCUCCUCAAAUGAGACAGAGCAGGCAGAACCCAAAUCCUCAGUGGAAUGCUCCUUCUGGGAAUUGACAUCAUCUACAAUGCACCCAACCUCCCUCUCUGGGCUCACAUGCACCAUGUGCUGUGGGAAAAGAGCUGCCAUGCUGGAAAACUCCUCAAAAUUUAUUCAUGUGAUUGGUGGCCAUUUAAAAACAAAACAAAAAACAAAA